UAUUUGACAUUUUCUUUUUUAUUCUAUUUAUUACUCUUUAAUUUUUAUUUUUCUUUAUUUUUACCUAUUUAUUCUCUCUUAACUUUUAUUUUCUUGUUUGUGGGGCCCUGAAUAUCCGUGUAUGAAUGUCGCGAAAACUAUAUUGUAUUUUAGCGGGUAUGAAUGCCGCGUUUUGACUACUCUUAAUUUUAACUAUUUGUUUAUUGCCGCGCGCGCGUACCCCUGGGAUUUUUAUUAUUUCCGACGACCACUAUCUGUGAUACUCCCAGGGGACGCCCACAUAAUUGUGAUAACGUAUCCCCCCAGCACGCGAGCUGGGGGGAUGAAAAUAUAUGUGAUACUUUACGCGGGCUGGGGGAAGCGUCCCCCAGCCCCUAAUUAGUCAUGCCCACUGGCAGGGGGGGCCAUUGUCCCCUGCCCAUAAAGUAUUUUAAGCAUGCGCGCGGCCUAGCCCGCUCAUUUCUGUACCUGCCCCAGGGGGGAUUUGUUCCCCCUGGGGACUAUCUUUUGUUUAAAAUAAAGAGCGAGUUAAUCUGUUCUUAUCAGCUUAAUAUCUGAUACAGUCCCCAUAGGGGACUCAGAAUAUUAAACUGAUUUUUGCAACCAGGCGGGGUUCCGGGGCUUGCUCCGACCCUACCGCGGGUCGACUCGGCAUUGCAGUGCCGUCGAGUUCGGCCCAAUAAGUAUUAUCAAAUACAUACAAGGCGAGCCUGGCGCCUCUCUAGAUCUAAUAGUAAAAACGUCCAAGUGUAGUAAUAUUCUGGGUCCCCCAACAUACCUGCGGGUACGGCACUGGAAAUAUCCUAAGUCCCGCUGCCGGCUGCCGUAGUAAUAUAAAUUCACUUAUUAUAACGUGCACUGCACGAAAAUUAUAACAUCUGUUGGCUUGGCACAUGGCAAUACUCGCCAUGUGCCAUAGAGUAUAGCAUAGACGGCGGCCGCGCACCGGGCUUAAGCCGGACCCGCACAGUGGGUAUGUUCAAUAGCUCGGAGAUUAGUAUAUAAGUUCGAGUGUGUGUGUCGCGUCGCGUCUUUGCCGAGGAGCGAUUCCGACCAAGUAUACGCGCCGCUCUAACUUAGAACCGGGAACGCACUAAAGUUCGUUCAUAAAUAUUAGGCUCCGUUCACCGGACAAGUUCCCGGUAUACAUAUCGCGAGUGCCGAAAAAUUUACAAGUACCGCGAGUGGACAAGCGACCAGGAGACGAAGCAGAAGAUCGCCCAGGGACCGUUGGACCCGACAUUGGUAAGUAAUAUUGCUAUUACUACUUUGGUGGUGGGCCGGCACUCAGUGGUCGGUGCGAAAGUGAAGCCGCGCAGGACGAGAGUCCGGCGCAGUCCCCCUCCUCCCCGGCACGUGAGUUGCCAAUUCCCGGGAGGAACGAGCGGCGCCUGUCGGCGUUCUCUCGUCGCGUCGCCGUCGGUGCGCGGGUACGUUCGUACUCUUCCGCGCCGUCGACGUGCGUGGCGUGGGCGCGUCGCCCGGCGGCGCUCUUAAUUUUAAAUAGUGCGCGCACGGCGGGAGCGCCGUUGGCCCUCUCGUCGACCAACCAGCGCGCGCGCCGGGCUCUCUUCCGGCGAGGCGGAUUCGCUCCGUCACUGCGUGUCGAGAGGCUAUUGGACUUGUCCAAUAGUCUCUCCAAAGAUCGAGCGGGCCCUUAAUAGCAAGGAAUAAAUUUAAUUAAAUAAUUAAAAGUAAUAGCAAUGUCGGGUCCAGCGGAAUUUGUUUUUGAAUAUCCCCUGCCUCCAGAAUGGAACAAUCGCGCUCGCUGCCCCCGGUGUUGGGCAGCGAGGGAGGCAGGGAGUCACAAGGAAAGCGUGACGGGCGACUUCUGCGACAUGGCGCACCUCGCGAAACAUAUGAAAAAGAAACACGCGGGGGAUACAAUUUUAUAUAAAUGCGCUUACUGUAAUUUCAGGGGGACGACUAAAUACCCCCUGAAAGAUGUAAAAAUUCAUCUAGAAAAACACCAUAAAUCCCCCGCUGCGGGUGCGCCAUGUCCGAGCACUCGCGAUAGCGAUAGGAGAUCCGGCGAGUCAUGCGGUACGGGCGUGCGUACUCGUGCAUCGGGCGCGUGCGCGGGACCAUCGGGGGCGGCCAGGGGGGUGCGAAACACUGCCCCACGCGACCUGCGGCAACCCGGGUUGCCCUUCGUGCCUACCCCGCCGCCACAAACAUCAACGACGGCCACAAGGAGAAGCGCGACACCGACAUCCGUCGCGGCAGAGUCCCCCUCGUAUGCGGCAGUGACUGCGGGCAAUACUAGGCCACGGACAACCCCGCCAACGACGAUCGGAGCCCGCAGAUCCACUGCCGCCAAAAGCGCCGCGCCAAUAGCCACAACAUCGGCGAGGACCGCCGCGAUGACAACAUCAACGAGGUGUACAGUGUUGUCCAACGAGAAAGUAAAUAUGCCCAUCAAUAAAAAGACUGCCGCACAACCGUCAACCUCGCGGGCCGGUGCCAACUCUAAUAAAAUCAACACCCGGCCCGCCAGUGCGGCAGUUAGCCCGCCAAUCGCGGCAAGAUCGGCACGCGCUCCCUCCCAACCCCCGCAGCGAAAAACAUCAGCUGCGGGGGCAGGAGGAGCGCCCACCACCACCCGUCGGAGCGGGGAGGGAGCUCCAAGGAAAUCGCCGCUCGAGAGGCCAAUCGCGUCAAGAACGCGUCGAGCGGCGAGCGUGCCGAUCGAGAAGAGCGAGCCCAGGAGAAAUGCAGCCAGACCGGGACGCGUCCCCCCGCACCCUCCCGCCGAGGAAAUUUCCAUCCAUUCCUCGGACGGGGAGGGCACGCCAAGGAACAUCGGCGGCGCGGGGGCGACUGGGAAAUCAACGAGAAAGCUGCCCGACAAGACUCCGCCGUCCACCAGCCAAGGCGGAGCCGUGACAAGGACGAGGAGUCGGGCGGCCAGCGUCCCGGUCGAGAACAGCGCCCUGGAGAGUCGGCGGGCUGCUCUGGACCGGACAUCGUCCAGAGCGAUGGGCAGUGCGGCGUCGCGCAGCACGGGGGUGUCGACGAGGAGGACCCCGGCAAAGCAACCCCCCGUGCGGCCCCCCAGCCUGUCGCCGAACACCAGCGACAGACCAACGGGGGGCCCCAGCGAGAGAAUUCCAUCUCUCUCGCCCGCGACGUCGCUACCGACAACGCUGACCACCUGCACGGUGACGACGACGACGUGCGGGAGUCCAGUGAUGUCCACUGGACUGCCCGCAGGGGGUAGGCACAUUUCACCGCGCUUACCCCCCCUCCCGACCAUCGCGGAGGCGUCACCGUGCGCGGCGGUCAUGAUGAGGACUCCCCCUAAACAACGACCAUCAGCGCCACCUAGGAGGGAGUCCCCGGAAGAAAGGAAGAGCGCGGCGCCACCUACAACACCGGGAAGUGAGGGGGACGAGGAUAGUGCAUGGAGGGUACACCUGGGGAGAAGAGCGGGGAGAAGGCGCCUCCCCCCGACCCCCCCCUCUGACUCCGAGUCCCCGUUGGCCGUGCGCGCGCGUACCCCGCCGAGUGCGUCGUCAAAAGCGUCGGCGAGCUCUCGCGAAAACGCCAGCCAUCGCGAGAGCCUUAACUUAUCGGAUUUUAAUAAUAACGCAAUCACGGCUACCUCCACCCAAUCCGUCCCACCACCUACGACGGAGGCGGAAAGCUGUCGCGAGACAUCGCCGGACCGUGAGGAGGCAGACAACCGGGAACGUACUGCACAGGUAGGUGCCGUACACCCGAAUGCUCCCGUAAAUGUCCGCGGUGUAAUGGGUCGGCGGCGUGCGGCCGCGCCACCCAGCGUGCCACCUCGUGAGGAAGGUGGCGCACCUCCGGCCCCUGUCUGUCGUCACGGGGGUCGGGGGCGGCGCGACGGUCGGCGGCGUGUCGACGUUCCGGCCGGCCGGCCGCCGCGGGAUCACCCGGCGCCUGCGACUGUCGCAAGGCAGCGUAGGCGUGAGCGGGUGGCUGCCCGCGACGCGCUGGUCGGGCGUGCGGAGGCCGUCGCUACGAUUGCGGACCUGGAGACUGUCGCGGUCUCGGUCGCGGCAUUUUUCGGGGAGGAAGCAGCGGAAAGGACCGGACGUGCCGCUCCCGGCGCCCAAGACCGCCCAACUCGGUCGCGGAACGCGGGGGCGCGUCGGGGGGCGAGGGGAGGUGAGUCUCUACGGAGAGAGGGCGCCGAUAGCGCGGGGCCAGCACCGGCUCGCCCCGCAGCGUCGGGAGAAGCACGCGGGGACUGGGUGUGUGAGGCCAAGCGCAUUCAGGCGCUGUACAGGGCGAACCGUCGGAAGGCGGUUCGAGAGGUGCUCCAGGGUCCUGCCGAGUCGUGCCAAGUGCCGAUUCGACGGGUCCAGGAGUACUUCGAACAACUAUACUCCGGCCACCGGGAGAACCUGGCCGGCGCCGGGGUGCGCGAGGCCAAUCACACUGACCCCUCGGACGUGGCGGGGGAGUUUUCCUAUCUCCUGAAUCCCUUCACGCAGCGAGAGGUGGACCGUCGGCUCCGGCGUAUGAACAACUCUGCGCCGGGUCCCGACGGUGUCUCCUACAAGGACCUGCGUGGAGCGGAUCCGGGAGCUGGGCUCCUCAGCGCAGUGUUUAAUGCGUGUCUGCGUCUCGAGGCGGUUCCCGCGUCCUGGAAGACCUCCAACACUCUUCUUAUUCACAAGAAGGGUGACCAGAACGUGUUGGAGAAUUGGCGCCCUCUCGCCUUGGGGGACACUGUCCCUAAGCUCUUCGCCGCGCUCUUGGCCGACCGUCUGACCGACUGGUCGAUCGACCACGGCCGGCUUAGUCCCGCUCAAAAGGGCUUCCUGCGGGACGAGGGGUGCUACGAGCACAACUUCGUCCUUCAGGAGGUCCUGAACGAUGCGCGGAGGACCCGGAGGCAAGCGGUCGUCGCGUGGCUGGACCUGUCCAAUGCGUUUGGAUCGAUCCCGCACGAGACGAUCCGUCAUGCGCUAACUGGAGCGGGUGUCCCACGGGGUCUCAUAGCGAUAUGGGACUCCAUGUACGAUGGUUGCACGACGCGGGUGCGUGCCGCCGACGGAUUCACCGCGCCCAUCCGCAUUCGCUCGGGCGUCAAGCAGGGUUGUCCGCUAAGCCCUAUUGUCUUUAAUAUCGCCAUCGACUCGGUGUUGCGUGCAACUACCGAGUUCGAUGACGGCUAUCGGCUCCACGGCCACCGGUGGAGCACAUUGGCCUACGCGGAUGACAUUGCACUCCUGUCAUCGACGCCCGAGGGAAUGCGGAGACUGCUUAAUGCAGUGGAGAGGGAGGCAGCGUCGGUAGGAUUGCGGUUCAACCCUGCCAAAUGUGCCACCCUGCACAUCGGUGCGGGCAAUGGCGGCAGGGUCCUGCCGACGUCAUUCCGGAUCCAGGGCCAACCGAUGCGUCCGCUGUUAGAGGGUGAAUCCUACGAACAUCUCGGGGUUCCAACGGGAUUCUCCGUCGACCAGACGCCCUACGCCACUGUCGGGGACAUCGUCUCUGACCUCCAGGCGGUCGACCGUUCCCUCCUCGCUCCGUGGCAGAAAUUUGAUGUAAUGGCGACGUUCAUCCUGCCACGUUUGGACUUUCUGCUGCGGGGAGCCAGGGUUUUGAAGCGUCCUCUCACGGCCGUCGACAAGACCAUCCGUCGAUACGCGAAAUCCUGGAUGAAUCUCCCUCAACGAGCGAGUGCGGAGGGCGUCUACAUGCCACCCAAAUGGGGGGGGUGUGGACUCCUGCCGCUCUCAGAUCUCGCCGAUGUCUUGUCCAUCGCCCACGUUUUCCGUAUGCUUACGGUGCGUGACGCGGCGGUCAGGACGUUGGCGUGGGAAUCGUUGAGGGGAGUGGUUCAUCGCAGGAUCGGCCACGUCCCUAGUUGCGAGGAUAUCGCCAGUUUCCUCUCCGGCUCACUGGAGGGGAACCUGAGGGACGGAGGGGAGGCUUCGCUCUGGUCGAGGGCGCGGAACGCCGCAAGGAGACAGUCGGAGAGGCUGUUGCUGCGAUGGCGGUGGGUCGAGGAGACGGAGGAGAUGAUCUUGGAAUGCCGAGGUCCCAGAGGAGCGGCGAUUAAGAUCCCGCCUGGAGCGCGCGACCAGGUCGUGGGUCGGUUGCGCUCAGCUGUAGCAGAGCACUACGCGAGCACUCUGCUCGCUAAGAAGGACCAGGGAAAGGUCUUCGAGGUGUCGUCGCGGUGCCGAGUGAGCAAUCACUUCAUCCGCGGCGGCAGCUUCACUCGCUUCGCCGACUGGCGCUUUAUUCACAAGGCCCGUCUAGACGUUUUACCCCUCAACGGCGCGCGGCGUUGGGGGGAAGGAGACAAGCGCUGUCGGCGAUGCGGUGAGGUAUCGGAGACACUUCCCCACGUGCUCUGCCACUGCGGCGUCCACUCUGCCGCAAUACAGCUGAGGCACAACGCUGCAUUGCACCGCCUCUGGAGGGCUUGCCGUCUACCAGGGGAAAAGCGGGUCAACCAGCGUAUUGAGGGGAUCGACGGGGAACUUGGAGGGCUACGACCUGAUCUUGUGGUCAGGCACGAGCCCUCCAAGAGUGUCGUCAUAUGCGACGUGACGGUGCCCUUUGAGAACCGUUGGCAGGCUUUCGAGGACGCUCGCGCGAGGAAAAUCGCCAAGUACUCGCCGCUAGCCGAGGAGCUCCAACGCAAGGGGUACCGUGUGGUCGUGACGGCCUUCGUCGUCGGUGCUCUCGGGUCAUGGGAUCCGAGAAACGAAGCGGUGCUGAGACUCUUGCGGGUUGGCGCCCCGUAUGCGUCCAUGAUGCGCCGCUUGAUCGUCUCGGAUACCAUACGCUGGUCUAGGGACAUAUACGUGGAGCAUGUGUCCGGCAUCAGGCAGUACGAGGCUCCUCCUCAUGUUGCCGGUGGUGGAAUUGUGACACCGCCUCAAGCCGUUCGCCGACGCUGGCUCGCCGGAGAAAUGGAACAGCGGCGCGUCGCGUAUCCGAAUGUAUGAAUGUCGCGUAACUUAACAUCGUCUUCGUCUUGGCCCCCCUUUUUUAACCGCACAGGAGGGAGCGGCCCAAAAUGCACUUUUAUUUAUUAUUCUUAAGAACAAGUAAUUUUAUUAUUAGAUUUUUCUAUUUGACUAGUGCAUGGGGCCCCUCCUGACUGGUUUUAUCUAUUUAUUUAUUUAUUCACUUAUUUAUUUAUUUAUCUAUUUAUUCCGUUUUAACACCACAUGACCCAAUUCUCUCUUUUAUUUAUACACUCACUUACUUUUAUCUAUUUAUCUAUUUAUUUAUUUCGGUUUUAUUUUUACUCUCUAUUUAUUGUAUUUAUUCUAUUUUUAUUUAUUGUUACCUAUUUAUUUUGUUCUUCCUAACUUUUACUUCUCUGUUUGUGGGGCCCUGAAUAUCCGAGUAUGAAUGUCGCGAAAUAAAUAUUGUAUUUUAGCGUGUGUGAGUGCCGCGUUUUGACUUUCCAAUGUUUUAAUUAUAUUUAUUGCCGCGCGCGCGUACCCCUGGGACUUUAUUAUCGUUGACGACCAUUUUUCUGUGAUAUUCCCAGGGGACGCCCAUAUCUCUGUAAUAACGUAUCCCCCCAGCACGUGAGCUGAGGGGAUGAAAAAUAUGUGAUAUCUUGCGCGGGCUGGGGGAAACGUCCCCCAGCUCUUAAUUAGUCAAUACGCCCACUGGCAGGGGGGGCAUUGUCCCCUGCCCAUAAAAUAUCUAAGACUGCGCGCGGCCUAGCCCGCUCAUUUUUGUACCUGCCCCAGGGGGGAUUUGUUCCCCCUGGGGACUAUCUUUUGAAAUAAAGAGCGAGUUAAUCUGUUCUUAUCAGCUUAAUAUCUGAUACGCCUGCGCAACUUUGUCUCGGGAGUGUUUUCGAACGCAGCUUCAGUCGCACGAAAAAGGCCCAAAAGUCGCGGUGGCUGGUCUUUUUCAUAUAAUUAUUCUGUUAAAUUAUUCUGUUAGAUACUGUAAAAAUAAAAGUAUGCCAAACAAAAUAAAACUUAAUGAAGCCUUAGUUAUCGACUUAAUCUUAGAUUUGAAGCGCCGUGGCCUUCCCUUUAAAGGAAAGAAAGAUAUAUUAAUAAAACGCCUAACACAGGCGAUAAAAGAUGAAGGAGGAAAUCCGAACGAUUAUUACAUAUCGCCGUAUAAACGUUUAAAAGAGAAUUUAGAAGUACCUUCUCAAAAUAAUAUUGUAUACAUUAGAGAAGGCUUCAGCCACGUGUUUCAACUAGAGAGAAAGGAGGGAUUGACCGUGGAGGAGGACAAUCGAACCGAAGGCUUACUGUGACUGCCACCAAGCGGCGUGCGGUUCUCGGGAGUAAAGUGCAACCUUCUACUCUAUAUAAGUCGAAGAGAAACGUUUCUAUCACAGGAGGGAGCGGCCCAAAAUGCACUUUACUAUUCUAUUCUUAACAAUUAGUAUUUUAAUUAUUAUUAUUUAUUUACUUUAUUUGACUAGUGCGUGGGGCCCCUCCUGACUGGUUUUAUUUAUUUAUUUAUUUAUUCCGUUUUAUACAUCUGACUACAUCUCCGCUUUUUAUUUCUACUAUUUAUCUAUUUACUGCAUUUAUUUAUUUAUUUAUUCAUUUUAUACACUUUAAGUAUUUUAUUUAUUUUAUUUAUCCUAUCUAUUUUACUCCAUUUAUUCUACCUUUAUUUUUACCCGUUUAUUUUCUUUUAAUUUUUAUUUUCUUGUUUGUGGGGCCCUGAAUAUUUGACUAUGAAUGUCGCGAAAAUUAUAUUGUAUUUUAGCGUAUAUGAAUGCCGCGUUUUGACUCUUUUAAUUAUAUAUACCUAUUGCCGCGUGCGCGUACCCCUGGGAUUUUUAUUAUUUUUGACGACCACUAUCUGUGAUAUUCCCAGGGGACGCCCACACAAUUGUGAUAACGUAUCCUCCCAGCAAGCGAGCUGGGGGGAUGAAACAUAUGUGAUAUCUUGCGCGGGCUGGAGGAAGCGUCCCUCAGCUCUUAAUUAGUCAUUUUACUCACAAUAUUAUAUAGAUGGGGCUAUUAUCUCCUGCCUAUAUAAUAUUUAAAUUUUGCGCGCGACCUAGCCCGCUCACAUUUGUUAUACCCCAGUGGGGAAUUGUCUCCCUGGGGAAUAUCUUUUGAUUUUAAAUAAAGAACGAUUUUAUCUAUUUUUCAGCUUAAUAUUUAAUCCAUUCCUCAUCAUUGUUUUGCCCUCAAAAUAUUAAACUGAAUUUUGUGACCAAGCGGGGUUCCGGGACUUGCUCCGAUCCUACCGCAGGUCAACCCAACACUGCAGUACCGUCAAGACUGGCCCAUUAAACAAGUACAAAAAUAAAUAAUUUAUAAAAUGUAAAAUUUGCAAAAAAAUGCAAAUUAAAAAAAAAUUUUCCAAUUUUGCCAAUUAGUCUGUAGAUAUCGAGGUGCGUUAUUUUUUUUCAAAAAAAUUAAAAAGCAACAAAAUAUUUUAUAUAUACACUUUAUUUUAAAUUACAAUUGUUGGAUCAUAAUUUAAGUUUUAAUUUGGUGGUAAUGUUUGAUUCUUCCCUAAGAGCACAGUUUACAGAAAUGUCGACUAAAUGUCGACUUCUAAACAGUCGACUUCUAGAAGUUGACAGAAAGUCAACUAAAUGUCGACUUCUAAAAGUUGACCGAAAGUUAGUCGACUAGUGCUCGGGAAGCGCAUAUAUUCUAUAUGCAGUGUUAUUACUCUAUCUGUGUCAUUCAUUAGACGUAAAAGACUUUGUGCUUGGGCCGACAAGAAAGGAUCUCGAGCCGACAAGAAAAAGAGAAUCGACGUAGUUACUAAUGCAUCGGAAAACAAAACGUCUGCCAAAUUAUUUAUUGAGUUAUCGUAAAUCGCAAAUGACUUAGGAAUAAGAAUAUCACCACCAUGAUUUGUUUGAAACAGGAGGUUCAGAAUCACGAUGAUAAAGUAGCAAUUAAAGUACGUCUAUUUCCUGACGUUUCGAUAAUUCCCGAAAACUUUUCCUCAUAUUUGACAGGACGAGUUAAACAUCUACUCAUAGCUUUAAAAAUAUACUUCCAUCCAAAAUUUUCGUAUUUUCGACGUGGGGCUCGAUUCUGUACCGGUUACCGACAACUAUCGUUGUGCAGGCUUUUUGCCAUAUAAAAUAUCUGCGCAACGACACUGAUAAGUUAUCAGUAGGCAGUACAGAAUAGAAAGUUGACUAAAAUCUGACGUUUAAAGUUGAUGGAAAGUUGACUUUUUGUUAUGACGGGAAGUCGACUUUUAGUCGGCGUUUUUUGGGACAUUUGUCGACUUCAAGUCGACUUUAAGUCGACCUUCGUCUUUAAAAAAGUCAACUUUACUUUCAAGUCACAGUUACGGUAUAGUCGACUACAAGUCGACAUAAAGUCGAUUUUUGGCUCUUAGGGUUUCUUCUGUACGUUAUUUUUUCUUCUAUAUACUCUAAAUCUAAGUAUGUAUUAUUCUGUAUAAAAUCGUGUAGUCACUUAUUACGCGUUUUAUGCACGUGUAAUUUAAUAUUGAUACACAUCUAAAUAACCUGUAUCUAAACGCAUACGUGAAUACACUUUUACACACUUAAAUGUGUAAGAGUUACGCUUAGAUUAUUUGCAUUUAAGUUAAUUUUUAUUUUCAAAGGUAUAACAAAUUCGUCAGUAAUAUACACUUCAAUAUCCUUGGAUAAUAUUUAUAUGAUUAAAAUACAAAGAAAAAUAUACUACCCUAAGUAAGUUUAGGCUGUAAAAGUAAAACGCGGUAAUUUUUUGUUCGUAAUAAUUAUAUGUUCUUAUUAAUUAAUAUUUAAUACAUGUAAAAAUUCUAAUAUAAUUUUAAAAUAAAAUGAAUUUAAACGGACGCGUUUAACUGCAUUUUAAGUCAUUAUCAACGAAAACAAUUUUAAAUAUAAAAAUAUAACAAAAGAGAUAACGGAGUCAAGGUAUAUGAUGUAUUUAUAAACCGAGCGAUCAAAAAUUGUGAUUCCCUCUAAAGUUCUGAUUCCCGAGUGUCCAUCUCAGUUGGUCCAUCAAAUGGAUCAAACGAGUGCUCAUAAAUUCAACAUGCUUUUACAACUGGUUUCGUUACGGAGUAAUAAAUUAAUAUGGUUAUCAAACAUGAUUGGAAGAAUUUGCAAUUAAUUAGUCGGAUUUUUAAAAAUAUGAACCGACGUUAUAACGUUGCGAUGUCAGUCGUUUGAAAAUCCAAACGUAAAUGAUUUAUAUAAUUUUUUAGAAUUAUAAAUAAAUGUUAUAACCAUAGUUAGUAAAUUAAGACAUGCACGGUUUCUAAUAAAAAAUUCAAAAACAAAUUCUGAAACACAUGUGAUGAAAAGAAACUGUUUUGUACAUUAAAAUUAAUAUUUUAAAUAAUACCCUUUGGAAUUUUAUUUAAAAUAGUUGAUAAUGUUAUCGUACUAAUUGUACUAGUUCUUUGUGGAGUUGAUAAACCAUAAAGUAAAAAACGAGUUGUCGAAGACAUUGAUACAAUUAAUAGAGCUGAAGAUAGUGAUCUAGUUAUGUUGGAAAAAUUCAAGUUUGGUGUGGAAAAUACGCAAUAAUUGAUGCAAAACAUAAAUAAUGAUACAAAUGCAUUAUAAAAUUUACAAUUUUUAUACUUUAUAUGUAUAUUAAAAUAUGUAUAACAAAAUAUAAUACAUUUAUAAUAUUUUUUAAAUCCAUAUCAUUGUUUUGCCCUCAGCAGUUUUUAAUAAAGUUAACCGUUUCAGCGGCAAACGAAAUUUCACUGUUUGUGCCCCUGUGAGCAAAAAAAAA